UUCAUCCUGAAAAAACAAUGUGUUUAAUCUGUUGGGUUUUAAUGUUAGGUCACAAACGAUGUAUAACCGGAAUAGAGCGACGCGUUAUGUGUAAACCUUAGUAGAUCUCAUUAAGGAUAUCAGACAGAGUGAUUUAUUUAGUGAUACUAUUGCAACUACUCGCUUGAUAAACAAGCAUUAACACACAAAAAUAAACCCCACUCAAAACGAUGGCGGUUUAAAUGGGACAUGAAGUUCGCAUCAAGAAUCAUCGUGUUGGUGUGGGUCGCCGGGUUAUGGUGUGAGGGUCAAGACAACACAUGGGGCCCGUGUGAGCAGGAGGUCAACUGUGAGUUACCUGCGUGCUUUUGUGCUAACAACACACAGGGCCCCGAGGCGGUGCCCGCGACCCAGCGCCCACACAUUGUCGUCCUUACCUUCAACGACGCCGUCAACGAAAGGAAUUUUGACUACUACAGCAAGAUGCUGACUACGGGAUGGAAGAACUCCAACGGCUGCCCGGUCAGACUGACCCUGUUUGUCUCUGACACCUGGACCAACUACACGCAGGUCCAGAAGCUGUGGUUAGCUGGAGCUGAGGUGGCCGCCUUCAGUAAAUCGGGAUAUGGCCAAACCGAAUAUUUCUAUAAAACAAUCACCAAAGAGAAGCUGAGAGAAGAAAUAGGAGGCCAGAAACAAAAUUUUGUGAAAAAGGCCAAAAUUCCUCCAUAUGCUAUCAGAGGCUUCAGAAUCCCUUACUUCAGUGCCGCUGGAGACGACAUGUUCGAUGUGUUGGCGGAAGAAAAUUACGAUUACGAUUCCAGCCUCCUCAUCACCAGGGACUCAAUGCAAGCCCCGCCCACUUGGCCGGCCACCCUGACGUACAAAUGGCCGUUCAAGUGCAAACUGGGUCAUUGCCCCUUGUCAAACCACUCUUCUAUUUGGGAGGUUCCUGUCCAGAUGCUGUAUGACCUCAACGACACGUUCGAGUGCCAAUACAUCGAUGCUUGCACCAACGCACCUACCACAGAAGAAGGUGCUUUUCAGCUCCUAUGGCGCAACUUCCUCCCCUACUACAAAAGCCGCACGCCGUUUGUGUUGAACAUGAGAGCAACAUGGCUAAACACGGACUUCCAGAGAACGGCGUUCCACAGACUUGUCUACUCCAUCAUGGAUAUGCCGGAGGUAUACUUCGUGACCAUGUCCCAGCUCGUUGAUUGGAUGAAAAACGCCACCAGUUUGAACGAGAUUCAAAACUUUGAGCCGUGGCUGUGUCCCAAGAGAGAGCUAUACCAGAGCCAAUCAUCUACGUUGAGAGGGGACACAACUCUACUACCACUCGCACUCGUCUCUGCCUUCAUUGUUCACAGAAUAAUUUUUUAUAACAUACAUGUAAUUUACAACGUCAGUUUGCCUUAA